GUGUGUGCACCUAUGAGGGUAUGCCAAAGGUCUUGCUAAAGUCAAGGUGGACCCCAGCCAGUGCCCCUCUCCUUCCCCACAGUGCCAGACACCUUCUCACAGAAAGCAAUGAGGUUGGUGAGCAUGCUUUGCCCUCAGUAAACCCAUGUGAGCUCUUCCCAGUCACAUUCUUACCUUUUAUCAGUUUAGGAAUGGCUUCUGAGAGUAUUUGCUCCAUCGUCAUUCCAGGAAAUGAGCAGGGCCUGUCCAGUUGGUUCCUUGAACACCCUAGGAUGCGUUCCAAGCUCUGUGCGUUGCCUAAGAGAGCUGUUUAGUCUUUCUUGGGUGUCCCUUACCAGACUCCUCCAGCACGUGAGAUGAGUCCCCUGCCCACGCUGGCAUGUUUUGCACGGGAAAUGCUGGGGUCUCUCAUCCUGUCACGCCAAAGAUGCCUUGACCGGGGAAUGUGCCCAGGAAAUGGAAAGGCAGCAAUUCCGGAAGCCAGGACACGGCCCCCAGCAUUAGCUGGGAUGCUUUGCAUUCAAGAUGAGCUUGUCAGAAAAUAAUCACCUCCACAAGGGAUGCCUCUGGAGCCUGGGGCACUGAAGGUCCAUGAUAAAAGCCAGCCCAGCUCCUCGCUCCCUCAUCCACUUCUCUUGCCUCCUUCUCCCUGGGAGUCAGGUGCACCUCCAGCCCCAAGACAUGUCCUGCUGUGACCAGUGCCAGCCCUGCCAGCCCUGCCAGCCCUGCCAGCCCUGCGGCCCGACCCCGCUGGCCAGCAGCUGCAAUGAGCCCUGUUGCAGGCAGUGCCAGAGCUCCACCAUCGUCAUCCAGCCUUCUCCAGUGGUGGUGACCCUGCCCGGCCCCAUCCUCAGCUCCUUCCCGCAGAACACCGCCGUGGGCUCCUCCACCUCCGCUGCCGUUGGCAGCAUCCUCAGCUGUGAGGGAGUGCCCAUCAACUCCGGGGGCUUUGACCUCUCCUGCAUCACCAGCCGCUACUGCGGCAGCAGGUGUCGCCCCUGCUAAAGGUGCUGGCAACGGCCUUGGAUAAGGACUCCCAGGAACCCAGAAACACGAUGCUGGACAAAGGAUCAAACUUUGUGCCAUUGUUUUAAGAGCAGCUGAUCAUCUCAGGCUUGUCCUGCAAGGGCAGCCUGAAAUGUGUCACCCUGGGCUCUCUGAAAACAUGGCCAACGUCUACCUUUCCUCUCUUCCACUUGGACUUUUUCUCUCUCUUCUUUCUUGUCUUGUGCCCUGAGAAAGCAGCCUGGAGUGACCUGCCAGCCUGUCUCCUCUUGUGGGGCAGGUUGAUAGGAAAAGUGAAAUUCUUGGCUGUUCCUGUUCCUCCUCAGACUGAGGGCCUCCACUUGGAGUGACCUCAUUUCCUUCUUUAAACUCAUUAAAAAAUUCCUGCAACUGUGUCUGUGCCCUUUAGGUGGUCUUUCAUCUGCAUGUUGACUGGUGAAGAAAGCCAUUGCAUGUGAAGGGAAUUAGGUAGGGGCACAGGGGGACCUUUCAUCCUAGUUACUCUAGGAUGUAACCCUAGUUACAAGCAAGAGUGGUCUGCUUCUUUGGGGGGAGCUGUGCUGGGCAAGGAGGCUCAGAAGAAGUUGUCAAAGAGUGGCAGAAACUGGGAAUGGGUAAAUAGCCUUGGGGAUGUUUUUCCCAAGAAAAAAUAUGUUUGUGCUGCCCUAGUUUACCUCGGAACACUUCCAUAUUUCUCCAAUACCAUGGAUGCACAUUAUCAGGCCCUUUCUGAACAACAUGGCUGGAGUCCUCAAGAGUCUCCAGGGGCUUUUACACCUCUGUCUUGUUUUCUUCUGGGAAAGCAGGAGUUACUUUUCCACUUUUCUGGUUGCUCUGCUUCUGCUGUGCCAAGUACUUUUGAAGAGUGGCCAUGUACCUCUUAGCUCUCUCAUAGGCCACCAGACUGGGUUUCUAGAGAAUGCCCCUCAUUUCAGCAUCCGAAGAGUAGACUGCACCAGGUAAGGGCAGCACCCAUACUUGUCCGAGCUAAGUUACAGGCACCAGAUAAUUUUUUUUCAUACAGUUCAUCGCUGCUUUACCAAAAGCCCUGUAAUGAGCAGAAGAGCAAAACUGAAGUUCUUCACAGAUUUCAUAAAAGGGUAUUUCCUGAUACAGCAUUUGCCAGGAACUGUAACACCACAAAAUACUCUCAGGCAUAACAGACAGCAAGCAGUUGGCAUUUGUCAGUUGGCGAGCAGUUGCAAGUGAGCCAGCUGUGCAGCGUAAAGCAGGUGAAAGGGAGAUUUUGUCUGGGAUUCAGCAGCUUGAAGAGCCCCAGACCCCAGGUGCCAUGGGGAAGCAGGCAGUGUCUCCCCCUAGUACUAAGGUAAGGACAACCUCUGGGCUAGGUGAGGGAUAGAAUAGAAUAGAAUGCAGCAGAGUAGAACAGAACAGAACGUUACACCUGGAAGGAAGGGACCUGCAGUGACCACCUAGUCCAACUGCCUGACCACUGCAGGGCUGAACAAAAAUUGAAGCAUGGUGCUAAAGGCAUGGUCCAAAAGCCUCGUAACCACUGACAGGCACAGGGCAUCGACUGCCUCUCCAGGAAGCCUGUUCCAGUGUUUGACCACUCUGCAAAGAAAUGCUUCUGAAUAUCAUCUGAACCUCCCCUGAUGCAGCUCUGAACCAUUGCCAUGUGCCCUCUCCCUGGAACCCAGGAGAAGAGCUCAGCACCUCCCUCUCUACUCCCCCUCCUCAGGGAACCGUAGAGAGCAAUGAGGUUGCCCCUCAGCCUCCUUUUCUCCAAACCAGACAAACCCGGCGCUCACCCACUCCUCACAGGGCAUACCUUACUGCCUUUUAACCAGCCUUGCUGCCUUCCUCUGGGGGCAUUCAAAUAAUCAACAUCCUUUCUGUGUGACUGCUCUCUAGACACUCCUCUCCCAAUUUAUACCUGUGUCUGGUGUUACUCCAUCCCAGGUGCAGAGUGCAGCAUUCGAACUUGUUAAAUUUCUUACCAUUACUAACUGUCCAGUGCUCCUAUUUAUCCAGAGACCCCUGCAAGGCCUCUUGUCUCUCGAGAUGCUCAACAGCAGCUCCCAGUCCGGUAUCAUCAGCAAACUGGCUAAUGGUGCAUUCAAGUCCUCUAUCCAGAUCAUCAAUACAAAUACUAAACAGGAUUGGCCCUGGAAUGUGAGCCCUGAGGAACACCGCUGGCAGCCGGUUGCCAGCCAGAUGUAGCCCCAUUCACUACAACCCGUCAAGCCCUGCCGUUCAGCCAGUUCUUCACCCGCUGCACCACAUACCUGCUCAUCUCCCUGUCGGUCAACUUGUCCACCAGGAUGCUGUGAGAGCAGUAUUAAAAGCCUUACUAAAAGCCAGAAAAACUGCAGCCAUCACCUUCCCUUCAUCCACUAGGUAGGUGACCUUAUCACAGAAGGGUAUCAAAUUAGUUAGGCAGGACUUUCCCUUUAUGGAGCCAUGUUGGCUGUGCCUGGUGAUUGCGUUGGUCUCUAAAUACCUUUCAGCAGCAGCCAGUAUGAUCUUCUCCAUAACUUUCCCAGGCACUGAGAUUAGACUAACAGGCCCUUACAGUGGCCUCUGAUGAACUUGCUGAGGUGUGCAAGUCCCUGAAGAUGCUGAAAGGCUCCUGUCCCCAGAGAAAGUGAGUCUUUUGGGUACGGGCUCUGGGGGCAAACCCCAUGUUGAGCUCAGUGUGUGGAGUGUCUCCCUGCAACACCUGCAGCAGUGCUAAGCCAUGACAUUCAUGUUCCAGGACACCCGAGAUAUUACAAACAUGAAGGAAAAGGGAAAGAUAGGCAAAUGAGCGGUUUUGAUGCAAUGUGGUUGUAAAACCACACUCAGGACACGUGAAAUGUAAUUCUGGAAAGAGCCAGUUCAUGUUUCCAAUAUUCCAAAAUAUUUAUUCUUUGCUCUUCCAGAUGUACUAUAUUUCCUAUAAGACCUCUCUGAUGUCUUUACGUACAUGCAGUCCAGCACGAAUUCCACCUCCAGGUGGGAUCUGAAUGAUACCUUUCUUACCCAUCCAGGUGGGAAUGGGCUUCUCAUCCAUCUUCCUUGUACCUCACAGAGACACUUUUCUCCAGAUGCCUCACUCCCUUUGUCUCCUCUUUCCCUCUGGCCCAUGUCACCUUUGGACAUAUUCCCCACUCCCUCUCUUCCAAAAGACCUGAAAAUGUCUUUGUCACCUCAGAAGGCCUUGCUGCCAACAGCCUCUGUGUCAUGGCCUACUGAGGUGACAUCACUCCAGUAGUUAGACCACAUUGGCCUGUCACCACGGCUGCUUUUGUCAGCUUCCCCCACAGCCUCCCCUCUCCAGGGCCAGCAAUUUGCUUUUCAAUCCCAGAACUGUAGCCACCAGCAUCUUUCUAUCAGGCAGAGAACUCACAGGGUCUCAGGGAUGUGGGGACUCCUCUCAGCCAGGCACUGGUGAGUCCCCAGAGCUGGAGAAGGGAUAUGUGAAAAGCAGGGGGGAUAGCUCAAGGGGUUCAACAGAGAAUCUUGUCCAGUGUCUGGCUGAUGGGUCUUGCUCACCUGUGGAGGCUUUUGCUAAUCCCCAGAUGCAGAGCUAGGAAGACAUUUUUGCUCCUUUGGCUUCUUUGGCCAGG